GCCUCGCGCCGCGGCCGGCAUUUCUCGCUCGCAGCUCGCGCGCGGGCUGGCUCCUCCGUCCCUGCCUCCCUCUCCCCCGCUCCUUCUCCCCUCCUUCCCUCUCCCACCCUCUGCCUCUCCCUCCCGCUCCUUUCCCUCCUCUCUUCGCUCCUCUCCGUCUCUCCGAUCUAGAUCCAGUCUCCCCCUUUCUUCUCUCUUCCUCUCUCCUUCCUCUCCCCCUCUCCCCGUCUCCUUCCUCCGUUUCCCCUGCCUCCCUCUCUCAGGCUGUUUUCGCCCCGGCUCCCUCUCGGUUUCUCCCCCCCCGCCGGGUUUCCUCCCCCCGGUGCCCUCCCUCCUCGCUCGCUCCCCUCCCCCUCCGCCCCUCGCCGCCCCGCGGCUCGCGGCUCCCCAGUCAGCCUCGCGGAUCUAGCGCCGCCGCCCUCACCCGCGGCAGGACCGGCUCGCCCGGGGUGCGCCCCGGCUCGCCAGGGCUCCCCGGGGUGCGCCCUCCUCGGUCCCGCGCCCUCCGGGCUCUCAGGGACGCCCUCCUCCCUCCCGGCUCGCGGCCCCGCCCGGCCGGGCCCCCGCCCAGCGCUCGAGCGCGCCGAGGAUGUGAGUCCUGCUCGCCUCUGCCCGAGCAGCAGCCACUCGCGCGCCGAGCCGGAGCGCAGCGCAGCCGCGGGCGCUCGCCGGGUCGCUCGCGCGGGCGGCGCGCUCUUGCCCUAGCGGUGUCCCCCGGCCCCUCGCCGGCGCCACCGCCGCAGCAGCCCGCGGGCGGUCCCCGGCCGGCCGCCCCCGGCCCCAGCGCCGCUGACCCUGUCCGCCGCGGGCGGGGACGCGGGCGGAGGAGGUGCCGCCGCGGAGCCCCCGGACGCGACCAUGUCGGAGGUGCUGCCCUACGGCGACGAGAAGCUGAGCCCCUACGGCGACGGCGGCGACGUGGGCCAGAUCUUCUCCUGCCGCCUGCAGGACACCAACAACUUCUUCGGCGCCGGGCAGAACAAGCGGCCGCCCAAGCUGGGCCAGAUCGGCAGGAGCAAGCGGGUUGUUAUUGAAGAUGAUAGGAUUGAUGACGUGCUGAAAAAUAUGAGCGACAAGGCACCUCCCGGUGUCUAACUCCCUCAAAGACAAUGAGUUAAGAACGGCGAUAACAGUUAUUGGCAAAAAGCAUGAAAUGAGAAAGCACUUCGAAAUUUAUUACUAGCUUGCUACCCACGAUGAAAUCAACAACCUGUAUCUGGUGUCAGGCCGGGAGUCAGAUGAGGCGUGAGGAGGAGGAGGUGGAGGAGGCUGCGAAGGCUCUGGGCUCCUCUGCAAAAAUAAAAAUAAAUAAAUAAAUAAAAUUUUAAAAAUGAUAAAAAAUCACUAUAUACACACAUAUAAAGAAAUAAAAAAAGAAGUCUCAGUUGCAGCUAUUUGUCAAAAUUAAUAUCCAUUUCCUUUUAUAUACGGUGAAUAUUGCGCAAUUAUAGAUCUGGAUUUUGAACCACUUAAUGAAGCGGCAACACCGGGUGUUUUGAGGUGUUGGCAUUCUUCGCUGAUUUGGCUGUUUCCAAUGUUUACAUUAUUUAAUCUUGCAAAAAUGAUUCUGUGCACUUGGAUGUGAAAUGCUGUCCAGUUUUUUUUUAUGUUGUUAUCCCUGGAUGUACAAAAAUUCAGAAAAUGAUCUCUGUAGAUAAUUCUGUUUUAUUUUGGUCAUCUUUUGAAGUUAUCAGGAAUGUGUUUAAAACAAGAAGAGAACUUUUCUAAGUAAUGAUACCUAGAAAGGAUCCUUGUUUUAUUUUGAAAUGGAUUGUGAAGCUUGUGUUUCUUUGUUGCUGCAAGCUAUUUGCCCAAGUUAAUGCAAAUGGACACAUUUUAUAUGUCAGAAAAAAACACACGAAAAACAAGGAAAAAAAAUGCUUGAGCUUUUUCUAACCUCCCCCUGCAGUCUGUUGUGUGAGCAGCCUGUUUUUUUCUCUAAUAUUAUGUCAGUUUAUUCUCUUUAAUGGACUGUAAAAAAAAUGUAAUCACAAGAGUGCCAAAUAUCUUGAAAUGCCAAAAGGCAUUUUGGUUUCUUUUCUUUUCCCUGUACUCUGAGUCCACGUACAGGAAUGCUUGGAGUGUUUCUGUUAUUUAUAGGGAUUCUCUUAAGGCACACCAGCUGCCUGUUUUGCAUGGUAUUUGCAAAAAUGCCUCUUGCGUGAGGAAAUCUUUUACCAUUUUUUGUUUGCAACUUUGGACCUCGAGGUUUCCCUUCCCUUCCCUUCCCUGUUCCCUCUUUUCUUAAUUGGAUAUUCUGUAUGUUGCACCUUGAACCAGCACACAGGGCUAUUUCUCCAAUGUACAAUAAAAGAACUGUUCCUGUGACUCA